AAGCAGCGCUCAGGGCGGCGCGCGCGCGGGCCAUGGCGCGCUCGCGGUCGCGCUCGCGCUCGCGGUCGCUGCGGCGGCAGUCGGAAGGGUGCGACGAGCGGCACGAGAGCGCGAAGAAGGACAAGAAGAUCUCGAAGGUCACGAAGGAUGCUAAGAAAGAGAAGAAGAAAGCGAAACAGGAGGCCAAGAAGGAAAAGAAAGCAAUAAAGAAGGCCAAGAAGGUAGCCAAGAAGGCUAAGAAGUUAGCCAAAUUGGUGGGCAGGGGCGUUAGUCACAUCUUCUCCUCCCUGGUGGCGAAGGGAUAUCGGUCCGCCUCUGGAGGAGGAGUAGGACGAGGUUGAGUAGAGGGGCGCGCCGCUUCUUCGCCAGCGCCGCCGCGGCCGCCGCCGAGACUCCGCCCCAGCGGCGCCUGCAG